GCAUUUUUUAACUUACCAAAUGUGUAGUAUCUUUCUAUGCUAAGGGAAGUGGGGAACUCUGGAAGCAACUUGUAAGGGUUAAAGGUCUAACAGCCUAUAUUUCCACACCUUACAUUGAUGCAUUUUUGUGAUUUUAAAUCUCUGCUGGGGCUUAUUCACCAAAGAGUACUCACCCAAAAACUGGAUCUUAGACAGCCAAGGAAUGCUCCUUUUUAUUUUAAUGUAUUUUUUCCUUUUAUCAGACUAACACCAACAACCCCCACCACCCUUAAAAAAUUAUAGUUCCAGAAUUCUUUGGUGAAAGCCAUGACUGUUAAAGGGGCAUCAUGCAUAGUGCCAAUGUGACCAUAAUGGCCGCCCAGAGUGGCUGGGGGAACCCGGCCAGAUGGGCGGGUAUAAAUAAUAAAUUAUUAUUAUUAUUAUUAUUAUUAUUAUUAUUAUUAUUAUACUGUAAUAUCAGUCUCCUUACCCACAGCAUAGCACAGUAAGUAAUUUUUCAAGUAAACUGUGUUAGAAGCAUUAUAUAUGUUAAUAGACGAAAGCUCCAUCUAUCUUUCUGCCAAGCAAGCUAGACGUAUCCUUUAUCAUAGACACUCCUCAAGUCUUGCUUGUUAUAAAGAGAUUUAUGUGAGCUGUUUUCUCAGUUAAUCCUAUUAGCCUAGUGGAUUAAUUGGAUAGUGUUUGCUAUGUUCAGGAAGCUCCUGAGAAACACUCAAGCAAAACUCGGCAGUGCUGUAUAUCAUUCAAAGAACAAGUGUGCCAUAUCCCCAUAACGGCUCAUUUUUCAAAUUGUGUAUGGAUGUAUAUCUCCCAGUUAAAUGCCUGGCAACCUUUAUUACUGUCUUUGAGAACAAAACAAAACAAAAAGGAUGGCACUAUCAAUAUACUUUGUAAAUACUCCCAUUUAUUUAUUUUUAGUUUAGUUUAAGAAUUCAUCAGCCAGAGUGCCUUAAGCAUACAAAUGACAUCCUCAAAGUGGUUGUUUUAAUCUACACAGAUUCAGAGACUUCAUUUAACUUUUUGUUCUAUAGAUUGAAUAUUGUUAUUGACUCCUCAUGCAGUAAGGUAAGUGUUGGCUGUAGUAGCCUACUCAAACAACUCCAGGCUCUGAGGAGUUCUGGCUGAAAAAAAAGCCCUGGGUAGCACUGAGGAAAUUCUUUUGUCUGAAAUUCUGGAGAGCUGCUGCUGGCUGCAGCAGCUCUUCAACUUUGAGGUAGAGAGACCAAUUACCUGGCUUGGUACAAAGCAGGUACAUUUGUUCCUACGAAUGUGGUUUUGCUGCUGGGCCAGUUGCCAGAAACACAAGAGGCAGUUAAGGCUGGUUCCAUACACACAAACCUGCAAUGGUUUACAUCAGAUGAAUACAAAAAGAUUUGCGUGGCAUCUUACGGAUUUAUUCUGGGUUCUGCUCCAAACCGCACCAAAAACUGGAUCUAUAAAUGAAUAGCUGGUUCUGUUCCAUUAUCACAACUUGAAAGGUCACCUGCAGUCCCAAUACAGAAACCAUAAAUUUGAGUUGGCAGUCUUAUUUGGGAAAAUAGAAAACAAUAGUACCGUAUAGCAAUGCUGCGUAAGCAGUACAGUACUAACGUAAAGGCAGAGGAAGAUCAGGUCUAGUUCAGCAUCCUUUCCCCCAACUAGAUGCCUCUGGGGAAGCCACAGGUUGACAAAUAUUUUGUUGCGGUUGCUUUUAAAAAGUGGCUUGCUCAUUUAUUUUUGUGUUGUAAUUAUUAUCAGUAAUUAGUAACAAUAGUUUCCUGCUAUAAUAAUUUUUGGUGCUCAUUAUUGUGUUUGAUGAGGGUGUAUAUUUUAAAUGGUAUUUAAGACUGAGAAGCAGCUUGGAGGAAAAAGCAAGUCUGCACUUUUGAGAUCUGAAAGUUCAACUUCUCCGUCAUUGAUUUAGCAUUUACGGUAUGCAAGAACCUGCCACAGAGUCUUCCUGGGAGUUUGAAUUCCUUCACUGAUGUCAGAAAUCCCACUUACGUAUAACUCUUUCUUGGGAGCAGAGCUUCAUGCUCUUUGGCAUUGCACAGCUAUGGCACACAAGAUGGUAAUCACUUUGGUCUAUCGAGUGGGAUAUAGAAGAGCUUCUUCUCUGUAUUCCAGGCUGUAUUCAACCUAUGUCAAGAGAAUGAGGUAUAUGUCAGAGCUAAAAGACAAUGAUGACGCAUGCAGGGAAGCCUCUAACUCGGGAACUUUCUUCCUGUUUCACAACUACUCUCCCUUCUUGCAAGAGAAGGGAAACAUGCUCCUGGCGCCAAAGUUGAAUGCAGCAGAAAUCAAGAGGAUUCUAGAGAAGUUCAGACAGAGUGGAGAAAAGAUAGAGGAUUCCAUGCUGGUUGGAUGUUCAGAUGAGUGCAGGCCGUAUUUUGCUUUGGACCUAGGAUCCUUGGAAAGAUCUGCCCUUGAAGCUGAACUCAAUGGAUCAUUUGGGGAAAUGAGGAAAGCUUUCUUCCAGUUAGAAGAAGAAGAUGCCACUUUGAUUUCCGCGGCUCAGGCUCUCCUUCGUUGGCAUGACAACAACCAGUAUUGUGGGAAAACUGGACAGCUCACAGUGAAGAACUUGGCUGGAAGCAAACGGGUUUGUCAGGGCACUGAAAUAAUCUAUUACCCACAGAUGUCUCCAGUCGUUAUUACUUUGGUGUCUGAUGGGAGCCGAUGUCUCCUCGUACGGCAAGCAUCGUUUCCUAAAGGGAUGUACAGUGCUCUGUCUGGCUUCUGUGAUAUAGGUGAAACUCUGGAAGAGACACUCCGGCGAGAAGUGGCUGAAGAGGUGGGGUUAGAGGUGGAGUCUGUGAGGUAUUCUGCAUCUCAGCAUUGGCCAUUCCCAAGCAGCACGCUAAUGAUUGGCUGCCAUGCCCUGGUGAACCCACAACGGAGUAAGAUUAAUAUCAACAAACAGGAGCUAGAAGCUGCCGAGUGGUUCAGCCAUGGGGAAGUGGUGAAGGCUCUUGGGCGGAACCCAAAACCUUCCAAAGGCAAGGAUGACAACCUCUCAUUUUGGGUGCCACCUAAGCAAGCCAUAGCCCACCAGCUGAUUCAGGAAUGGGUCAAAAAUCAAGCUCCUGUGCCUACUUAGAGACACUUAUUCAAUCAUUUACUGCUCCAGGUAAAAAUCCGAGUGCCAGUUGGCCUCCCAAUUUCAGUGACUCCCUAUGUUAAGAUUUUCUGCAGGGCGUUUAUAGGCAGAGAGGCUGGUUCCAUUUCACACUUUUGCCUGAGGCUAAAGAAUUUGUCCGUCAGAUCCCGAAGGUGUAUAUAUAUCACCUGGAUGGGUUUGAAAGGAGGGGGGGGGAGAAUGCUGCUAAGGGUCACUGCAGCUUCCAGUGUUUCACAGUUCUUGAUGGAAAUCAUUCCCAAGUGCUUUUCUAGAGUAUAACUGGUAAGUCAGAGUUGACCCUAAGUAUAAAGCAAUGGUUGCCGGCCUUUUGGGGCUCAUGAGCACAUUUAAUUCUAUGAUUUGCAAUUGUUGUGGGCACCGUACCCACCCACCCACCCCACCGCCUCUGCCGUUGGCAGCAAUAGAAUGAGUAUUUCAGGCCCAAAUUCAGUGGGAAAAGGAGUGAGGGGCAUGGAUCCCGUAGGCAGUGCCAUGUUGGCAAGCUCUGGUCUAAAGAGUCUCCCAAUGUUUGGUAAAGUUAUUUGCUAGAUACAAUGCCAAAGUUCCAAUUAAAAACAAAAGCCUCUCAAAAGCUUACACCACCUGAAAUGUGAUUUAUUUAUUUUAUUUAGCGACAUUUAUAUGCUGCUUAAUUGUACUAACUUCUAAACAGUUUAAAGCCUGCCGGCAGCUGAAAAACAAAUACUCUAGAGUCAUUUGUAAAGUUCAAUUUAGUAAAGGCAUUCGGCUAUCA